UGCAGUACUGCACUCAGGCUUGACCACAAAGCUUUUUUCCUCUCUUUAAACAAUUUUUACUUGAAGAAGAUACACUGCUUGAGGCAAGAAUUUAACAGCACUUCAGAAUGUAUUUGUCCUCAAAAUCAAAGUCUACAUUAUUUUUUAUUCUGGUUGACUGACUAUUCUCUUUUACAUGAGAACAUUCAAAAUUUUAGCACACUCCUUUUACAGGCUGUUGAAUUAGUUUUUGGCACAGACUCACGUUCCAUGAGGAUCUUUUAACAUUUUUUUAUUGCUCGGGAUUGGCUGGGAAAGCCCCUGCUGACAGAGGAUCAGAGGGACAGAUUAUACAAACAUACGGUGACAGGCAGUGACAGAGGAGAAGAGCAGCAGCCAUGGACGGAGGCCGGCGGACCUCUCUUGGAGCGGGGGCCCUGGAGGAGGAGGAGGAGGCGGUGAGCGCCACUCUGUCCCGGUACGAGGCCACUGUGCGGGACGCCAUGCGCGAGAUCCACGUGGACGUGGAGGCCUUCAAGCUGGGAUUGGAGCGGCGCCUGGAGGAGACCGCGGGCCUGACCGAGCCCCUGGUCCGGGCCAUGGCCGAGCUGCAGCUGGAGAACCGGCAGCUGCGGAGCCGGCUGGAGACCCUCACCCGGCAGGUGGAGAUGCUGACGGGCGAGGCAUGCGACAGGAGCGCCCUGCUCGGCAUCGCCCCGUUUGACCCGGUCCUCUCCUGGGUGCCCGGCAGCCGGCCUUCACCCGGGUCGCCCACUUCUAUCACCCAUCCUGCCCUUUCCAGCAGGACCCAGAAUCUGUUCACCCCCAGUCCUCAGACGAUUCCAUUCUUGAGCAGGGCCAGCAUCUCUGCUUCCAGCAAGACCAGUAGUAUUGAGAGAGAUGGACCCACUGAAACCAGUUCUGCUCUAGGCCCUGCUGUGUUGGAGAAUGGUCACACACCUGGACCAGAUAAGCAUGCCUCUGCACCUUCAAAGUCAGUGACGUACUCCAGUGUGACUUCACCCAGCAGUGACAGAGUUACGGACAUGGGAAGAGAGACGUCCUCUGGCAGGGGUGUGGAGCGGAGGCGGGAGCUGGUGAGGUCACAGACACUGCCACAUAAUUUAGGCGCCCAAGCUGCGCGCUCCCUCUUCGAGAAACUGGAUUCCGACAUUAGCAGAUCCAAGCCCCAGGACUCCAAGCCUAAGCUCAAACGCUCACAGAGCUUUGGAGUUGUCAGUGCCAGCAGCAUUAAGCAGAUCCUUCUGGACUGGUGCCGCUCCAAAACCAUUGGAUAUGAGAAUAUUGACAUCCAGAACUUCUCAUCCAGCUGGAGCAAUGGCCUGGCAUUCUGUGCCCUGGUCCAUUCCUUCUUCCCCACUGAGUUUGACUACAGCACACUGACACCUGCCAACCGCAAGCGCAACUUUGAGCUGGCAUUCGGCAUUGCAGAGACGAAGGCGGGCUGUGACCGGCUCAUCGAGGUGGAAGACAUGAUGCAGAUGGGCCGCAGGCCUGACCCCAUGUGUGUCUUCACCUACGUCCAGGCUCUCUAUAACCACCUGCGAAAGUUUGAGUGAGGGCCCCACACCCUCACCCAGCAACACCACUCCACCCCCAUCCCCACCCACAGGGGGGCAGCUGGUGUUCCUAAAAAGACCACACUGCCUCUCACAUUGGGUUCUGGGGCUGAGAGUGUUUGUGUGCCAUUACCCUGUGUUAGUCUCCAUUGCAGAACCCUCAAAAACACAGGAGGACCUGA